GGGGCUCGGGCCGCGGCGCCGGUGUGGUUGACGGGAACCUCGCGGGCCGACGGCGGCGCGACGCAGGCAGGGUUGUCAAGAUAGACUUGUGGCCCUUUUCAACAAGGAUCAAUUAUCACAGUAGUUCUUUAAUAAAAGAUGUGUCCAUGUUAGAUGUGAAAGUAAGCUCCUAGAACGGUGUAUACUCUGAAAGGCUGAAGAGCGCAGUGUUCCACAGUUCCCUGGCAAUGGUGCUUUUGUAAGUCCAGUUUUUGUCAUGCACCCAACUGGGAACAUGGAUGUUGGCUUUUCUCGUUCUGCGGUUCAGACACUGUCACGAAGCCACUGCAAAAACAUCAAGCAAAAAAUCUCUCAGUGGGAAGGAAGGACUAAUGGCACUUCCAGUCCAGCCAGGUGGUAUCCGAAGGACUUUGGAGUGAGGUAUGGCCACUGUCAUCAAGUUCUUCCUAAGGAAAAUCCUCUCAGUGAGGGAAGGAGCAAAAGGUUGGAUGUAACCAAUUCCCAAAGCAUGGGUUUCCACAUGAAAGAUACCAGAAGCCGUGAUCAAAGUGAAGAUGAAAGUGAGAAAGCCGAAUGUGGAGACAGGCACCCCAAUGGGGUCUGUUCUCGGGUCACACAGAUAGAGAGCUGGAAGUCUGUUGCUUUGGAUCCAGAGACUUCAUUACCUCCAGGAAACUUGUAUACCUCACAAAUAUUGUGGAAAAAAACAGAAGCCCGUCCCCCAGAUAAAGUCUGCAAUUUGGCUUUACAACAUUGUGACUCUUCUGCAAAAAAACUAAAUUUCACAGUUCUAGAUAGUUCUUAUGGAAUAACUAAGAGCUUGGAAAAUAUUUAUUGUGAACCUGAGGGGCAAGAGUGUGGUUCUUCUAUAAAUCCUUUGCCAAAGCCACGCAGGACUUUCCGCUACUUAUCAGAGUCUGGUGGUCUACCAUAUAAAGAAAGAGACUGUGACAGGAAGUACUGUGAAGAUCGUUCUUGUGCAGAUACUUCUUUGGCCUCUUCUCAGGAACCUGAACCAAAGAAAUAUGGUGGAAAAAUCAGAGGGCGAUCAAAAAGGAAAUCCUUUGAAUUUGAGGAUAUUCAGCACUUUCGAAACCGGAACUCACCCAAGAUUCAUGAAGAACUUGGAAGAAAUUCUGGUUCAGCACUUUAUUUCACACAGUCCGAAGAUAAUAUCUAUGAGGAUAUCAUAUAUCCCAGCAAAGAAAAUCCCUAUGAGGAUAUCCCAGUGCAGCCUUUACCCAUGUGGCGAACCCCUUCAGCCUGGGGGCUUCUACCUGCCAAAAGCACUUUCAGAGCACCCAAGCUUCCUCCCAAGCCUCAGUUCCCUCACAGGAAGACUAUGGACCUGAAGAACUCCCAAGCUUGUUUAUGGCCAAAGCUGACCAAGGAUACCACUUUGCCAGUCACUUUAACUGAAUGGAAACUUUUCCGAGCUGGAGAAGUUGCAAACAGGAAAAAGAGAAAUCUUCCAAGGCUUGUAAUGAAAAUAGAUGACAUAUUUGACUCUAAGAGAGGGAAGAAGAGGGUGAAGUUACACCCUUACACUGGAAAGGAAGUAUCUCCCUCAAAAGGCGAAACCAGCGGGAAUGAAAGUGAUGGCGAGUAUCUGCCAAAGAGUCGCCAUAAGCGCGUGACACAGCUGCAGCACUCAGCCAAGAGGAACCCUCACUACCAGACCCUGGAGCGGGACCUUAUCGAACUGCAGGAGCAACAGCUAUUUGAGUUGUUUGUGGUGGUGUCUCUGCACUGGCAGCCCUCAGGAGCCAGCUAUGUGCCCCAGGUCAUCCAGCAGUUCCCCAACAAGGGUGACCAUGGCUAUAAGCAAUCCAAAGACACUGAAGAGAGGCUCAAAGUUAUUCCAAAAUUUUGUUUUCCUGAUUCAAAGGACUGGAUGCCAACCUCAGAACUCAAGAGUGAGACAUUCUCCUUUGUCUUGACUGGUGAAGAUGGAAGCCGGUGGUUUGGUUACUGUAAAAAGCUCUUGCCAGAAGGCAAAGGAAAGCGACUCCCUGAGGUGUACUGCAUGGUUAGUCGCCUAGGCUGCUUCAAUCUGUUUUCAAAGAUCCUGGAUGAAGUAGAGAAGAGAAGAGAACGGUCUCCAGCACUCGUUUACCCAUUCAUGCGAAGUGUCAUGGAAGCUCCUUUCCCAGCCCCUGGACGCACCAUCACAGUUAAGAGCUACCUGCCUGGGGCUGGAGAUGGGUCUAUUGAGCUCUGCCGACCAUUAGAUUCACGACUGGAACAUGUGGAUUUUGAAUGCCUUUUUAAGUGCCUGAGUGUGUGUCAUCUUAUCCGAGUCUGUGCCUCUCUCCUUCUGGAGCGGAGAGUAAUCUUCGUUGCCAACAGCCUGAGCACCUUGUCAAAAUGUGGCCAUGCAGUGGUGGCUACCCUGUACCCCUUCACCUGGCAGCACACCUACAUCCCGGUCCUGCCAGCCUCCAUGAUCGACAUCGUGUGCUCCCCUACACCCUUCCUUAUUGGAAUUCUGUCUUGCUCCUUACAUCAGCUCCAGGACCUGCCCAUCGAAGAGGUGCUGAUAGUUGACCUCUGUGCAGACAGGUUCUUACAAGAGGUUUCUGAUGAGGGUGAAAUUCUGCCACCUAAACUUCAAGCUGCCUUGCUGCAGGUUUUGGAAGAACGAAAUGAAAUCUUGUUUCAGGAGCGGCAGUUUUCACAAGAUGUGACCCUCAGCUCUCUGGUGUCGGAAGCAUUUGUUAGGUUUUUUGUGGAGCUUGUAGGACACUAUUCUUUGAAUAUGACAGUCACUGAGCGUGGGGAGCGGUUGUUCCUGAGGGAGCCAUUCCGCAAGUCCCACACCUCCCGGAGUGUCCGCCACUUCCUAGACCUCUUCAUGGAGACUCAGAUGUUUGCAGGCUUCAUCCAGGACCGAGAACUUCGGAAAAGUGGUGUCAAAGGCUUAUUUGAGGUUCGAGCUCUGCAGUAUUUGCAAACAAUCCCUGAGUCUGAACCCAGUGGAGUGAAUAGAAUUUUGCGGAGUCUUGGAAGUAAAAUAAAAUUUCUACAGAAGAAAUGAAAUCUUUGCCUCCAUCCUAAAGAGAGCUAAAGAUCGUCAGGAUGUCUUGGAGUUGCUACAAAAUCCUGCAGGGUUAAGAGGCCAAGAAGUGGGUCAGGCUCUCAGAGGACUCCC